UUUCAUUUCCGGCUCAGUUUUUUAAUGACACUCAGCUUCACCAGCUUAUCAACUUAUCAUUUUUGCUUAUUCAACUCAUUUUGCUGCUAUAUUCAAUCCACAAGCUUAAAUAUAUAUUUUGGCUGCUGGUGAGAACUUGAAUUGAUAACAAUGUUUGUCGAUAAAUCAAAUGGCCUGGUUUUUGUCCACCCUACCGUUUUUGAGUCAAAUUCCUCAUCGCUCUUCUCAUGUCCUACCUCUUUAUAUCAAAUUAUUGUUCCAACAAAUGAAAAUGCUUUGAACCCCUGCUUUUUAUUAAAUUUUCAAGUCUAUUUUGAUGUGCUUUUUGCUUUGUUUUCCUUUAUUCAAUUUGUAAAAUUGGUUACCAGUUCACAAAAAUUGAAAUUGAAAUAUGGAAAUAUACCCAAUUACAACAUUUCUCUUAACUUAAAAGAUAUUGGUUUUGCUCAAUUUUUAAAAAUCAUAUUGGUUUUAGCUCAAAGCUUCUUCGGCUUUCUUGUAUUUCAUUCCUCUGCUGAUUUGACCUUCACAUCGUUUCUUUCACUGUUCUUAUACCUUUUUUUUUUUGCUUUGCCUUUGCAUAUAAUCGAAUAUUACCAAUCAACUGUUCCUUCAAGUUCUUUACUAUUAUAUUGGCUAAUCAACUCAAUUUAUCUUUUGAUUUUUCCCAUUCAAAGAUUUUAUACAAAAUGGCCGAUAAUUUACCCCUAUGACUACCACCUCAUUAAUAUUCAUAAUCUCGAGAUUUUUAUGGCAACAAAUUCUUUAAUCAUUUUUGUUUUAGAAUUGCUCUUUUGGCGUCCCUAUUAUAAAUUGAUUCAAUUUCACCAUUUAAAUCAAUUGGAAGUAAACAACAUCCAUAUCUUCUCUCGUUUAUCUUACUCAUGGAUGAACCCAUUAAUAAUCACAGGUUAUAACCAAACUUUAUCUCAUGAUGAUCUACCUCCUUGUCCAGAAAAUAUUAAAUGUCAAGUCUCAACUUCUCAUUUCAAAAACAACUUGAACAAACAAUUUACCAAAAAUCAUAAUAAUAAAUCCAUCAAUUUCUCCAAGUUUAUAUUUGAUACCGUUGGCAUUGAUGUGAUUCUUGUUUCAAUGUUGCAAUUCAUUAAUGUCACUGUAUCUUUUAUUCAGCCUCAACUAUUCAGACUAUUCAUGGCUUUUUUUUUGAAAAGAAAAGUCAGCAUAAUAUAUAAUCAAUUUGCCUUUGAUUUUUCUCAAGAUAUCAAUCAAAAUUUAAACAACGAAGCUCAAGACGAUCAAGGUCUUCCCAUUAUUGCCGGUGUACUAAUCACUAUCGGCAUGCUUUGUGUUUCUUUAAUUACAACAAUUUUAUCCAACCAGUAUUUCUAUAAUAUUUUCCAAGUUGGGUUUAAAAUUAGAUCCGGUUUAUCAGGCCUCAUCUACGAUAAAGCUCUUAGACUCGCUCCAAAUAAUGACAAAAUUAAAAAAUCCAGUGAAAUUGUCAACCUUGUAUCAGUCGAUCUCUCUCGAAUCCAAAUGUUUGUUCUAAGAAUGGAAGUACUAAUCUCUGCCCCUCUCCAAUUCAUAUUGUGUAUGAUUUCCCUCUAUGAUCUAAUGGGCAAUUCGGUUUUUGUUGGUCUUUUGCUCGUGCUCUUCAUUGGUCCAUUUAAUGGCGUAUUAAUAGCUGGGUUUCGUAAAUUGUUUGAAAAAAACAUGAAAAAUAAAGACUUGAGAACUAAAAAAGUCACUGAAAUUCUAUCCUCAAUCAAGAGUAUAAAACUUUACUCUUGGGAGCUGCCAAUGCUUGAAAACUUGAAAAACGUUCGAAAUAAUAUGGAGCUAAAAACAUUAAGAAAAAUUGGUGUUUUUGCAAGUCUUUUAGAGUUUUCCUGGUCUUGUUUUCCAUAUUUUGUUUCUUGUAUUUCUUUUGGGUUUUUCUAUUAUUUUAAGGGCGAAAAGUUAACAUCCGAUAUCAUAUUUCCAGCCUUAUCUUUAUUCCAAAUCUUAAGAGGAUCAUUAUUUAUGCUACCGGCAAUCAUUACUGCUUUAAUGCAAGUUUCAGUUUCUGUGAAGAGAGUUAGUGAAUUUUUGGUUUCAGAAGAAACUGAUCCGGAUCUUAUAGUCAAGUUGUCAAGGGUAAAUCAUUCCGGCGAAGUAUCUGUUGAAAUUACCAAUGGAACAUUUUUAUUUAAUAAUAAUCAAUCAAAAGAUAAUAAUAAUAAUAAUAAUAAUAAUAAAACUGAUAAUGUUCAAGAAAAUAAUACCUCAAACAACGGCAAAAAUAUUAAAAAAAAAGUUGAUGAUGAAGAGGCUCAAUUACUUGAAAAUACAAUCCCUGAAAGAAAAGUUGCAUUGUCAGAUAUUAACUUCACAGCAAGAAAAGGUGAUUUAACAUGCAUAGUAGGAAGAGUUGGAUCCGGAAAAUCAAGUUUUUUAAAGGCUAUUCUUGGGCAACUCCCAAUGGACAAAAAUCAAAAUACUGAUUCAAGGUUAGUUAUAAAUGGUUCAGUGGCUUACUGCUCUCAAGUUCCUUGGAUUAUGAACUCUACCAUUAAGCAAAAUAUUCUAUUUGGUCAUAAAUAUGAAGAAGAUUUUUACCAACAAACAAUCAAAAGCUGUGAAUUGCUUUCAGAUUUGAAAACCUUUCCAGAUGGUGAUGAAACACAGGUUGGUGAAAAGGGAAUUUCAUUGUCUGGAGGUCAGAAAGCUAGAAUCUCUCUUGCUAGAGCUGUUUAUUCAAGAAGUGAUAUAAUAUUAUUGGAUGAUGUGUUAUCUGCAGUUGACGCACAUGUUGGUAGAAAGCUCAUCGAGCAAAUAUUUUCCUCAAAAGGAUUAUUAAAUACCAAGACAAUCAUUUUAUCAACGAAUAAUAUUAAAGUUUUAAGAGAGGCUAAGUGUAUAUAUUUUCUUAAAGGAGGAAAAAUUGUACAAUUUGGAGAUUAUAAUUCAUUAGUUGAAAGUGGCAGGGAAUUUUUUGACUUGAUACAAAAUUCCGAUUUUUCUAGUUCAGCAAAAGAAGAUGUAUUUCAAAGUAACUUAAAAACUAGUGAUACUGAUGAGGAAAUUGAUAGUACUGAUGAACCAUUUGGUGAAGAGAUUAGAAGAAUUCCUACUACUGUGACUGUUCGUAGAGCUAGUGUAGCAACUAUCAAAAGGGAAUCCAAAAGUGGUCAGAUUGAUGAAACAUCACAAAAAGGAAAGGUUAAAUUGUCGACAUAUAUUGCUUAUGCAAAAGCUGCUUCUUACUCCGGAACAUUUUUGACCAUUUUUUCUUGUAUUAUGACUGUUGUAAUUGAUCUUUUUAGUAAAUUAUGGUUGAAAAAAUGGGCAGAAUUGGGUGAUAGUGGAGAUUCGGAUGAAAGUAAUCUUUUUUUGGUUUUCAUUUACACAUUGCUUGGAUUUUGUUCUGGACUCAAUAUAUUUAUUGGCUCACUUAUUUUAUGGUAUAUUUCAGCCAUCAAUGCAGCAAGAAAAUUGCAUGACGAUAUGGCAAAUUCAAUAUUGCAUUCACCAAUGUAUUUUUUCGAAAGUAACCCAAUUGGUAGAAUUUUGAACAGAUUUACUGAAGAUAUUAACAAAAUUGAUGAGGUCAUUCCAAGGUCAUUUGAAUCAUUUUUUGUUUGUUUUAUUGGUGCUGUAUUUAUAUUAGGUGUUAUUGGAUUUAAUUUGCCAUCUACAUUAAUUUUUAUGGGUGUAUUGUCGUUGGUUUACUAUUAUUAUCAGAUAUAUUACAUUGCAACCUCUAGAGAAACCAAGAGAUUGUCUAGUACUUCAAGAAGUCCAAUUUAUUCUCAUAUGCAGGAAUCCUUAGAUGGGCUAGAAACAAUUCGAGCAUUUAAUCAGGAAAAAAGAUUUAUAAUAUUAAAUAAUCUCAAUCUUGAUUACAACCUUAGAGCUGCAUAUUCUCAGCUUUCAGUAUCUAGAUGGUUAGAUUUUAGAUUAAAUGUAUUGGGUGCGAUGAUAAUUUUUAUGACAGCGAUCACUUCUGUUCUCUCGCCAUCAAAAAGAUUGGGAGCUGGAUUAGUUGGUAUUUUAAUGACAUAUGCUUUGCAAAUUACUAAUACUUUGAAUUACUUGGUAAAGACUGUUGUUGAAUUGGAAACUAAUUGUGUUGCAAUUGAAAGAGUUUUAGAGUAUAGCAGAUUGCCAAGUGAAGCUCCAUAUAUUAUUGAGGGUAAUAGACCACCAAGUAAUUGGCCCGAAAAGGGAGAGAUCAAAUUUCAAAAUUAUACUACAAAAUAUAGAGAAAACUUAGAGCCUGUUUUAAAGGAAAUUACUAUAGAUAUCAAAGCCCAAGAAAAAGUUGGUAUUGUUGGGAGAACUGGAGCUGGUAAAUCUACAUUGACACUUGCAUUGUUUAGAAUUCUUGAAGCCAAUGGUGGUAGUAUUUUGAUUGAUGGAAUUGACAUUAAAACUCUUGGGUUGUAUGAUUUAAGAAGUAGAUUGAAUAUUAUACCCCAAGAUUCUCAGGCGUUUGAAGGAUCAAUCCGUCAAAAUUUAGAUCCUUUUAAUAAACAUAGUGAUGAAGAACUAUGGAAAGCUUUAGAAUUGGCUCAUUUGAAAGAACAUGUAUUAACUAUGGGAACUGAUAAACCUGAAAAUGGGGAUAACGGCAAUCCUUUUAAUGAAACUACUAUUAUUACCAAUGGUGAUAGCAGUACCGAUGCCAAUACCAAUAAUAGUGGUAAUAGGGAUGAUGACCCGAGCGAAAAUAAUGGCAAGGGAUUAAUGGCAAAGGUUACAGAAAAUGGAAAGAACUUGUCAGUGGGACAAAAACAAUUGUUGUGUCUCGCUAGAUCAUUGUUAAGCUCAUCAAAAAUAUUGAUAUUAGACGAAGCAACCGCAGCUGUUGAUGUUCAGACAGAUAAAAUUGUUCAAGAAACAAUCAGAAAAGAGUUCCGAGAUAAGACCAUAUUAACAAUUGCCCAUCGGAUCAAUACUGUUAUUGAUAACGAUAAAAUUCUUGUUUUGGAAAAUGGAGCUGUGAAAGAGUUUGACAGUCCAAAUAAUUUGUUAAAUAAUAAAGAUAGCUUGUUCUACAGUUUAUAUCAAGAAAACCAAAAAAGCGAGCAAUAGAGAAUUCAUCUGAGUUGAUUGCUGCACUGAAUAUAUACCAGAUAAUUUUGUUUUAUAAAAAUUAAUCAUAUAUAAUUCAC